AUAGAAACAUAGAAAUUAGGUGCAGGAGUAGGCCAUUCGGCAAUAGGCAGUAGGCAAUUGCCGAAUGGCAAUAGGCAGUAGAUCAUUCGGCAGUAGGCAAACGAUAGUGACGCCGUUGCCUGGAUACAGGGGCGGAAGUCCCCGUUGCUAGGAUAGUGACGCCGUUGCCGGGAUACAGGGGCGGAAGUUCCCGUUGCUAGGCCAGUGACCGGGACAGCGAGUUUACUUUGAGCCAAAGAUCCUAUAUCCGCUAUAGGAGCUUUGCUUUGAGCGAGGAGAGGGCGCCUGGAGAGCGGGGAGAGGGCCACUGGAGAGCGGGGAGAGGAGCGCGUCCCGUCGCCUGGAUACCGGUAGCGGGCAGCGGCGCCGACCGGCCGUCAGACUGCCUGGGCCGCGCUGCCGUCCCUGCAGCACUUCUGCUGCCACCCGGGAUCAUUUGCUCCAUCGUUUAGAUCCGAUGCUGCGGCCCUGAUUCGGUUUAUCCGGGAGCUCGCAGAGCGGUUGCCCAACACUCAGCUGCGGGAUGGAUGCGAGCAUCAGACAGCUGCUGGCGGCGGCGGCGCUCUGCGGCAGCGAUUUAAAUACAUUGAAGGAAGCUUACAAUUUAAUAAAACUAGCCACUGCGGAGAGAUCUGUAUCAGGUGGAAUGGAGAUUAUCAGCGCAGAUUUAUAUGUGCAGUGUGCAGAACUGGCUUUGCAGUUUAAACAGGAAGAUAUAAGCCAGAAUUGCCUGACCAUGUAUUUUGAGGGAGCAUGCCCUUUCAAUCAGUUUUUGGGCAGGGCAUGCCUUUGCCAAGCUCAACUUUAUGCUCCGAAAUCCACUGAAAACACGAAUGACUUAAAUAAAGCUGUACGGUACAUUCUUGAGACCAUAAAAAAUGCAAGAAAGGAAAGCAGAUACUAUUUUCUAAUUUACAAUGCAUCUGUCAUAUAUUGGACGAUAAUAAGACAAUUUUUAAAACCAGGCUUCUUUACCCAUGUGAUCUCAAGCCUUUCUGAAGUAAUAAAAGCGUUGGAAGCUGCUGAAGAUUUGGAUUAUGAAUGGAGGGCUCAAUUAAUGAUAACACUAAUUCAAUGUUAUUUGGACGAUGGGAGAGUACAAGAUGCAAUACCCUUUUCAAAUUCUGCAGCAAGUUUUAUUCAAAUGAAAGUUCCACAUAUGUACCCAAAGUUAUUUUCUAUUCAGGUUUUACACUCCCUAGUGGAUUUUAAUAAAGUGAGUAAAGAAGUGAAAGAAUCCAUCUAUCUCAUGGCAAUUUUCAAGAUUCAGAGGAUAAAAUUUAAAUUGAAAGUUAAGGAUUUAUCACAAAACCUCGCAGUUCAGCUGAAUCAGGUAUAUCAACUCGUAAGAUCACGUGAAACGUCAGAAUCUCAUACCCAAACAUCUACUGCCCAGUCAACUGACCAGUUGACCGAACAUGAAAGGUUAUCUUUAUUGUUGGAGUUGGCCCACUUUGCGUUAGAAGUAAAACAUUCCGAGAUCGCAGCAGAUUGUAUUAAUGACCUCAAAAUGCGUGAGCUAAAAGAUAAAGCAACAGCAAUGGAAAUUGAAUGCUUGGAAUGUGAACUUGAAAUACAAAGGCUGGAUAAAAAGGCAGAGAAAUGCACCAAGAGCUUUGUAGAGCAUUCCGUGAGAAUAAUUAAACGAUUAGAUCAAAUCCUGCAAAAUGCUGUACGUGAAGGAAAUGGAAGUCUGAUUGAAACCAUUUGUGUGACUCAGUGGAGCCUUUGUCUACCUCUGCUUGAAACUAAUUUGCGAAAGCUUGUGUACAAACCAUUGGUCAACCUUGCAACAAUUCUUCACGAUCUUGACAGCUUGUUGAUUAAGCUGCGUUGCCAAGUUCAUAUGGAAAUAGCUCAAAUUGAAGAAGAUGAAAAUCGAAUAGAGGUUGCCAUGGAACAUCUUCAAAAGGCAUUUUAUCUAAACAACGCGGGACCAUACAAGAAUUACAUCAAACAAACAUUGCAUCGAUUGCAGCUGUACUCAUCAAUUUAUGCAAGUCCAAAACUCCCAGAGGAUCAAGCCAUUCUGUUUAUUGAACAGGUCAAAAGGUUCAAUGACUUGAAAUGUGACCAAAAUAAUCGAUCUUUGAUGAUUAAGGCUGGAGAGGCUCUCGCUCCUACUUCUUUUCAGAAGGUUCUUGAUAGUGAAAAUGAGGCUAAAGUGUUUGUAGGCCAUGGUAACACAGGCUUAGUUGGUCUACUUGCUGCCAAAGUUCAAAAUUACAGGAACUGUAUGCAGCAGACCGAAGGACACCUGGAGAGACUUGAAGAAGUAAAUGAUAAAUUGAGGGUGGGACUCUGGACUGAUUUAGUCAAAGUUGCUCGUAAGCAAGAAGUUUGGGAUGUCUGCCGUGCUGCUUCUCAGUUUUGCCUAUUGUAUGAUGAUGGACGAUGGAAACCAGAAAAGUGCGACGAUGAAAUCUUAAUAACUGGAAUGAGUGAAGCAUCGUUAUUUAGCGUUGAGAGGAUCUCAUCAGCAAUGUUACACUCUACUCGCAAAGUAUUUUAUUCCUGUAUUGAUGUAAUUAGACUACUUUCUGACGUUCACUUCAUUAAAGGAGAGGCAACUAUUCAGUUAUUAAGAUCAGAGGGUGCAGAGUUCAACAAUGUGGCAGUUUUCCCAGAAGAAAAACUACAUUCUCAGGGAUUUGUAGCCAAAAACUUAGAGGAAUCUCCAGAAUGGAUUACUUACAGAAACUGGAUAGACUCUUUGUCCGUUGAUGCCACAGAGGACUUCUUGCGAGCUGCAGAGCUGGGUGUCCUAUUAAAUGAAGCAAUAAUAGUUUGCAAUGCAGCAAUCUAUAUCUGGAAUUAUAAUCACCACCUGUUAGUUUCUGGAAGAUAUGCGGAACUUGUGAAACCAUUUCAGGCACUUCUUGCUGCAUUAAAGAUAACAGGGCAUUCUGGGGAAACUGUGCUUUUAGUAAUGCUGUGUAAUGAUCUAUGCCGUGGCUUGAUUCAACCUUGGAUACCCAAUCCAACUAACUUUGAAAAAAGUGAGUCUAGCAAGGGCUCUCCAUAUACUGCCAAGAAAAAGCCACCAGCAAAAAAACCCGAAAAACUAAACAUCCCGCUGGUUUUGUCUGUGGAUUCUGAAGGUAUUCCUCACUUAUAUGAAGCUCUCCAGAUCUGUGAAUAUGCAAUGCAUAUCAUAAAUGGAAGUGCACCUUCUGAUGUUGUUCCUAUUGCUGUGAGACAUCAGAUUAUAAUCACAUGGGUCAAGAUAAAACAGCUUCUGCAACAACAAAUAGGACCAAGUCUGGGAAGUGAUGAUGAGAUAUCAUCAGAGAAAGGGUCAGAUACAGGAGAAGCCCAGGAAAGUAAUGACAGCCAGAGUUCAAUGGUCCAGGUUCUUGUUGCUCUGGAGAUGUUUUCAUGCAAUCGCAACAGGCUGAUGAAAUUUACUGUUCCUAGUCUUCUUGAGUUGGAAAAUAAAAUAUCAAGUUGCAUCUGGACUGAUAAACUGCUGGAGUUGGAGGUUUGGACACGUUUGUUGCACCUUGCAUACCUGAAUAACGAUAACCCUCUGGUAAUGCAAUGUGCCCAAAAAGCAUUUGCAUUGGAAAAACUUGUUGCUAAAUCUCCUGAUUUUAAGAAGCAUGGAAAGCACAAUAUACAGUUCAGAAUGAAUUGCUCAGUGUUGUUGCCUGUAUCCAAGGCCCAGAGCUUGGUGAAGACUGGAGCUGGAAACAGCAAAAUGCGUCUUGCUGCAAUUAAAGCGUUUCAAAUGAGUGCAAGCUAUGGAGAAAAAGCUGGAAGUAUGAAUCUUGUAAUGAAUUCAGCAAAAUACUUUUGGAAUUCUUGCCUGCAUUUGAUACCAUCUGUUCGGGAAAGAAGAAUACUUGAAGAGCCACUUAAAGCUUUUCUAAAGGCAAUCCACAGUACAUACACCAAGAAUAAAAGCUUGGAAAUAUCUUGGAGAAUUUAUGUCAAAUUGGGUUUGAUUUUUGAAGAAGAAAAAGAUGAAAAAAAUGAAACAAUUGAACGACAAAUAGUUAAACGGCAAACACAUUAUACCAUCUCUGAGCAACUUUCAAAAGCUGGCAAUGAUCCUGAAGAAGAUCUCAAGUUAAGGGCAGCAAUGUAUGGACUUUUAUUCCACAUCAUUGCAAAUAAAGGAGACUGGAAAACCGGAUUAAAGGUGUUAGACAAUGCCAUCAGAGAAAUGCCAAAAACGAAGCAGCGAUUGCUUCUCUUCAAGCAUAGAAUUAUGGUAAAUACCAGGCUUGGUCAAAAUAUCCAGAUGGAUAUGCAGAAAUUAAAUGACGAAAGUGAAGAUCAAGUAUCUUAUAUGUGGCACCGUGUGGUAGUUUUCUCAAAAGAUACAGCAAAUCAGUUAGCUUGUUAUCAAAAUUCAAUUGGUGCAUUAAAGAAGCCCGAAAGUAACUGGCAGAAAAUCCAAGAAUUGAUUGAAUUUGGUGAAUGGUUGUAUUGCAGUGGAUUUUCCAUAACUGAGGCACUCUGUCAGUUGGACUGGGCAGUGGAUAUUCUCCUGAGUAUGGAACCUUGGAUAAAUCCUAAGGAGGAUGAAGAAGAGCACUCAAGAAAGGAGAAUAUGUCAAAAAGUGAAGCCUUCAUUCCAGAAAAGCAUCAGCUAGUGAUUGGAGCACAAAGUAUUGAUACUAACCUGACCUUAGCAGACCUGCAGGACGUGAAACAACUGGAUACACUGGUUAUUGUACAAACAAUCAUGGCAACAAUUGCAGGCCACACAUCCACCCAGCACCACUGUUUAAUGGCAUAUGCAUAUGUUAUGUGCAUAUGGCGGGUAUCACUGGCAGCUGCAUGGUUAUUCAUCAAGGAGUCAACUGUUCCUCCUCCUUCAAAGACUGCUCGUCCAGAUACUGGAGCUAAAUCAAAUAAAUCAAAAGGCAAGAAAGAGUCAACUACUGAUGGUCGAGAUAAAUCAAAAUCAAAUAUACCACCUGUUACUGUGCCGACUAAUCUAGAGGAAUGGGCAAUGUAUGUAUGUCCCAGUGAAGUUAAAGAAGCCUUCAAAAAGGGUUCAAGUAAUUGCCUGAUCAACAAGAAUAAUAUCCUGAAACCUACCUACAGUUUAUUCUACAUGGAUUUAUUGGUGAAAGAGUUGCAAAGCCUAUCGUAUACACACCUGACAUUGCCCAUUCUUCAGCUUGAAGAAUUAAUUGCCAGUGAAAUACUGGAUAACAAGAGUCUUUCUGAUUUAUACCAUCUCAGGAUUGCCCAGAUAUGUUUAGAGUUGAAUUUGACUCGGGCUGCUCAGUACCAUGAAAAAAUACCAGGAUCAGUAUUCAUCUACGAUACAGAACGGGCUAAAUGCCGGGAAGCGAUUGCUCGAAUGAAAGAUCUACAAUUAGGGACUUCACACGAAAACCUGCUAACUUCACAUGGCAACUUAGCAGUGGCACAAACAGCCUCUAACAGUGAAAUGAACAUGCAUAUGUCUUCACCUGUACUAACCAGAAAGAGAUUGAGUGGUGUUUCUGUUAUGGAUGUGUGGAUCAAUAAAGCAGAAGUCCUACUGCAUCUUGGAUUUUACCAGCCUGCCAGAGCUCUGUUAUCGGAGGCCCACAAGGAUGCAAAGGAACUUGAACAAGAAGAUUCUUUGGCAAAAAUAUUUUAUCUUCUUGCAGUUCUUGCUAAUUAUGAAAGGAAUUUUGGUCAGGCUAAACUGCUCUUGGAAGAAGCUCAAAGCAUAGGAGGAAAUGAAUACUUCUGGUAUGAUGUUAUUACCUGUUUGGUAAAUGCAAUUCUUGGAGAGAAUCUCGAGGAUUCGAAGGAACAGGCUUGCAGGAUCUUACAACAGGGAAUUUCCAGAUUCAAGACUGCUUCAGAAGAAACACCAAAUCGAGCUUCAGUUAUUGAAUUUAUGAUAACUUCAAUGGAAACCAGGUUGACUUCCAUUGAAAUAGAGUCAUUGAAAGCAUUGGGUAAUACUAAUUUAAAGAAACCAGAGAUGAUAGAAAAGCUGGUUUCAACAUGUGCUAAAUUGGAGCAGUAUUCAAACAUUAUGAUGACACAACAUGGAUACAGGGAGGAAUCAGUGGAUUUGAUGACAGAACAUGUUGGUAUACUGACCCUCAUUGCUAAAUGCAGUGAAGAAAAUGAGAUAAAAUAUAGUCGACUGCUGGAUGCAUAUGCACUAAUACAAAAGGCCAUCUUGAUUGAGGAGGAUGCACUCUGUGACUUGAUGAGCUUGUUACCCCUCAGAACGAUGACAGGUUUAACUUUGCCUCUAAUGAGGAAGCUGACCUCCCUCAAGUUAAUUUUUGUACAAUUAAUUUUGGAUAUGAUUGAAAUGGUAACUUUAAAUGACAAAAUAGAAGCAGAAACAGCAAAAGGAAAAGGACUGCUACAACUAAUUGUAGAGGAAUUUGUUAGUUCCACACCCGAUUACACACCAAUUGAAAAGGAAUGGGUGACCAUUGCUAGGUCAUUAGGACAAAAAGCUUUUUCUCAGCUACACAGUGCACAUAGCCUUUGCAGUGGUUCUGAAGAACUUAGAGCCAAGUGUCUGUAUUUGACCGGCAAAUGUCUCCGUUUGUUGGCUGUUCAAAAAGACCCUAUUAAUCCAGGCUUUGUCUGGGUUCAAGAAACGCUGGGCAAUAAAAAUGGGCGGUCAAAGGAAGUUAAAUCCAGAGAAGGAAAUGAAAAAGCUGUAUCAAACUAUGACCAGACAGAUUUACAACUCACAACUCGGGGUGAGAAUGAACACAUCGAAUCAGAAAAUGAGCAUGUGGGUGCGCAGCUUUCAGCCCAGCAGCUAGCUAAAUGUGUUGCAAUUGCUACACAAAUUAAGAAAGAACGAAGCUCAGCACAGGUGUAUCUUGCUCAUGCCAGUGAGGUUUUGUUGCAGUCAAUGAACCAGGCAUUACACAGCAAUCUUAAAGACAUCCUUGCAGAAGCUAGCUUCAACAUGGUUCAAUGUUUUGGACAAUUUGACCCAGUUUCAGCAGGUCAAUAUUUAGCAUUACACCAGAGUUGCAGAACAUCAAUUAUGCUAAAAGGUGCAUUGAUAAAGACUGGACAUGAUACCAGCAGUUCCCAGCUUAUAGCAUUACUGCAUCUUCAACAAAAACUGGAGAAGGAUGGAACCAUGAAAAAUAUGCUCAGGACAGUUAAUACAAGACUUAGCACACAUUUUAAGGCAUGGAAAAAUAUUAUCAUUCAACCACAACAUCUCAGUUUUCUGAGUGAAUUUCCUUCUAACUUUAACAUAAUUGUUCUUCAACAUUAUGAAGACGGAUCUAUGUUAUAUGCAGCACUUCUUGAGAAACCGAAACAAAAAACCACUGUUGAAAGAAAAGGAAAAGGAAAUCUAAGUCCAGGUCCAACGCAGGCCAAAAUUGUUCGUGUUCCUGUAAAUCCACAAUUACUUUCAAGUUUAAUUGCAAAAAUCUCCAAUUAUAAGAAUAACCUGGCUCAAAAUCUUUUAAAACAUGAAUACCAAUGUGAUCGCAUAAUGCACAGGAUGGAGCUAUCUCAGCAAUUAUUUGCAAAAGAAGUUGCUGAAAAGAGGACAACAUUAACAGCAAAAUAUAAAAAUGAGCUUGAUGAAGACUUUACUAGUAUUAUCGAGUCUAUGGAAGAGUACUUGAAUCCUGUUUUGUCACAGUUUGACUUCACAUUUGCUCCACCGCCGCCUCCCCUGGUAGCAGGAAUGGAUUCAGGGAAAUCAAAGCGCAAAAAGAAAGAGGAAAAAUCAGGGGGUGAAAAAUCAACUUCAGGUCAAUCUCACGAUUUAGGAGAAUUUGUAAUCUUUUUGGCUGAUGAUCUAUUGAUGAAACUACCUUUGGAGGCACUGAAAGUCUUGCAGAAUGAUGUAAUCACCUCAGUUUCAAGAGACUUCUCACUGCAAUUGCUGUACAAUCGCCAACAUAGAGAUGAACUAGAAACUGCAAGAAGUGCAACAAAGAGUCUGAAAGGAACGACGAGCCAAAAGAAAAAUAUUAAAAUGACAUCAGUUGAUCAAAUUUUACCACCUAAUUUUUUUCCAGUGAAUACUCACAACUUCAGAUAUAUUGUCGAUCCUUAUGAUGACAACAGUGUCUUAGGGUCCUGUCCUGUGAAGAUAAUGACAGAAAUACUAGAAAUAUACAAUGCACGUUUCACAGGACACUGGAGUGGGGUUUUGGGAAAUAAGCAUGUCCCCAGUCAUGCAAAAUGGGAAGAGUUGUUGAAAAGUUGCAGUGCAUUCAUCUUUUACGGAAAGGAACAUUUUCUAGCAAAUCUAUUGGCAUCAAAACUUGUUUCCAUGAAUUUUUCAGAAUGUCAGCUUGUGAUUCUUCUCGAUCUGGUCCAAAGUAGUGAGAGCUUCCGACGGCAGUCAAUACUGGACAGGCCUAAAAGUGCCUUGCAGUUGUCAACAGAGGGACAAUUGGAUACGGUGAUACUUCUGAGCCUGACUGGAGUUCGUUCCAUAAUGCUUAAUCAGUGGCCUAGUACACUUCAAGAAAAUGCUCUGAAGUUUAAGAAAUUAUCCAAAAAUUUGUUGGAAUUUGGCAAAUCAACUGGUCAAGUAAUCCUUGAAAUCGCCAAAUCUGGAAGAAGCAAUGCUUCUAAAAGUGAUACUGAAAUUUCUGUUGAUCCAAGCAUUAAAGGUUCUGCAUCUAAACAUCUUAAAGAUGAGGCAAGAAAGCAUCACCAAGAAGAACGUAUGACUCGGGAAAGUGCUUUUAAUUUCAUACUUUAUGGACUGCCAAAUCUUAUUGUCACCUGAGUCAUUGUAAACCAAAUAUGAAUUGUUUACAUAUAUGUUACUGUAAAUCUUUGGGAAUUAAUUGUUAGAAAUCCAGAAUCUAAAUAAUUAUUGUUUUUCAUUUAAAAAAUAUUUUGAGUAGAUUAAUAGUUUUAAUUAAACAUUUUUUUAAAUACUGUUAUGUGAUUGGAAUGUUCAUAUUCAAUCACUAAUUGAUUUCACAUUUUGAUUAUUUCAACUGUUUUGGCAAAUUUUGGGCUAAAUUUUCUGGUAGAUGAAACGUUUAAAACCCUUUUCUUCAGCAGUUUGAUGCAAUAGUAACAAUGCUGGCAGGAAUCUUGUAAUGAUAGCCAUAUUCAUAUUCCUUGUUUGUCAUCCAGAUUAUUGUGAUUAAAAAAGGAUA